AUGCUCGAUCAAAACUCAAAAUGUGAACCCGAUGGAUUCUUGUGCAACCUAUCAGUCAUUCUAUCUUCACGGAACAAAUUGAUUUCAACGGGUUGCUAUUCAGUCAUGGAUGGAAACUAUUCAGCCAUGGAUGGAAGGAUAAAGGUUUACAGUCCGACCUCAGCACAGACUUCUUACAUUCAUGCUCAGGACUACAAUUGCAACCGGCAUCUUUAUGCCCGUGACCAGUAGGUGGUUCGAAUGAUGUAUGAUCUUCACAAGAAGGCAUCAUAAGGCAUGCCCAGUUGAAGUAGCUCAAUUUCACCCAGUCGAUUAAUGGAGUUCUUGCAGCAUAUAAACCCUGACACACAAUAGUCUUUUCCAGAAGAAAAGGAAAAAUUUAUACAUGGAGAAGACUACCCUGUAUUUCAUGAGUUAUUCGAAUUUUGCCAAAUAUAUGAUGUUGGAACAAUCGUGAUAAAACAGUGACUUUCACACUCAAUACACUUACUGUUGAAAAAAAAAUUAACAAGAGUUAUAUGAAGUUCCUGUUUGGACCAAAUUUGUAAAAAAAAAAAUUAAAACUUAGGCCAAAACUGUAAAAUUAUAUAGAAUAUGGUGUUAGUAGAUUGCACAUUUCCAAUAAUAGGAUCAAGUCAAAUUGUCCCAUGUCAGAGUUGUGAUUUUUUUUCAUUAGAGAUGGACAACCUGAAUCUUGGUGGUCAUAGAGAAAUGGAUUUUAUCCAUAGUCAUGAUUGGGAAUGGGUUAAUGUGAUUAGAAUUUAGAGAAGAAUAUGAUUUAGAGUAUUAUGUUUUGUUGAUUUUAGUUUAACCCUAAGAACAUAUUAAUUAAUAAGAUGCAUUUAGGAAUCAAUGAUCACGGGAUGGGUAAGGGAAGAGAAAGUUAUUUGGUAGUCUAAUGAUUUGAUUGUAUAAUUUUCAUUCAAUAAGAUCAUGUGACCAAUGCGUUUAUUCAAUGUCAUCAAUGGUGGAUCACAUGCUUGCGUUUAUUCAAUGUCAUCAAUGGUGGAUCACAUGCUGGAAACAAGCUUGCUAUUCAGGAAUUCAUGAUUGAAGAAGACAAGGAAGGACUUGAGUUGCAUAAAACAACCAUUGGUCACGCUAGAGAAGUUGUGAUUAGAAUAGAUGUUUCUAUAUGUAAAUGUGGUAAGAUUUGUAAAUAACUCCUCAUCCAUGCAUAAAUAAAUAUUUAGUAACAGUAAUAAAAGGCUAUGAAAUACCCUUUAACCCCCGC